UUUUUAAAUUAUAAAUAUUUACAAAAAUAGCAUUUAAAGAACAAAGAUCAUCUUACUCGGCCUUUAAACUUGGCGCGCAAUUUUGUACAAUCUGUGAAACUGUUUUUGGUAUAAUUAAAAAUAAAUCUGUUUUCUUUUUUCUUAGAUUUUCUUUCAUUUCAUGGACUAAGGACAUAACGAUAUAUCUAAUUUAUUUCUGUGGCUAAUUAAUGUAGUGUUGAAGGGUUUUCAUAUCAUAUCUUUGUUUAUUAUAGAAGAAAUUACGAAUUUUAAAAAGUAUAACCUUAAAGAUGCUGAUUUGGUACCGCCAUUCAUACUUGGCGCUCGAGAAUAAACGUGUCUCUUGAUUCUCAAAAAUAUUUUAGUAUUACUUUUAAUAAUUUAUUGUAUGUAAAUUUGCACAUAAUACUAUUUCACUAAAAUGGCUGCAUUACUAAAAAAACGAGCUUUAGCAGAAUAUUCACAGACUCAGACUGUUGGAGAACCUCCGAUAAAAAGACUUAGAACACUUCGAUUAACUUCUGGGGGAAGUGCCAGCAGUAUUGGAACUACGAAAAAUGGAUCUGAAGGCAAUUCAACACUUGCAUAUCUUGAAUGCUUGGAAAAAUCUAAAGGAGGAAAUGAUGCUCUCCAAUAUCUUGUACGAAUUUCUGACAUUUUAUGUCGUGUGACUCCAGAUGAUGUUCCUAUAGCUGUUACGAAAUUAAUUGAAAAAUUUGGAGUAGAAUCUGAAGCUGCUGUAAGAGCAAAAAUUCUUUGGGUUUUAGCAGAAUUGGGAGAAGUAACACCUCACUCAUCUGAAAAAGUGCGAAUUAUCGAUGAAACAGCACGACUUUUGAGAACUGAGGAAUCUCAUAGAGUUAAAAGUCAAGGAUUAUCAACUUUAUUGAAAUUAGGGGAUUAUAACCGAGUUACAGUAUUGAAAAUUGCUCGAGAACAUCUUUCUGAUACUUGGCAUGGUGUCCAAACGCGAUGUUUAUCAAUAAUUGGUCGAUAUUUAUCAUCAAACUCUACUAAUGAUACCCUUAUUCUUGUUAGUAAUUAUGCAAGAUCUCAGGAUCCACGUGUUCGUGCUGCAGCUUUUGAAACAAUGGCUGAACUUCAUACAGAGCGUGGAUGCCGUCUUACUUUAAAUUUUUUUUCAGAAGCUUGUGCUGCCCUACGAGAUGAUUAUGAAAUUGUACGGCGAGCUGUUUUGAAGCUUAUUUGGAUGCUAGGUAUGGAGUAUCCAGAUAACAUUGUUGUAGGAACUGAUGGAGAAGAUAUUCGUAUGAUAGAUAGUGCAUUUUCAAAACUUUGUGAAUUAGUUGGGGACUUAUCUCCACGUGUUCGUGCGUCAGCAAUGAGCCUGAUGGGUUCAAUGACAAGUGUAUCGAGUAGAUAUAUUGAACAAGCCUUAGAUAAAAAACAGAUUACUGUUGAAGAUGAAAGUUCUGAAAUACAAGAACGAAGUGCAUCUUGUGGUGCUUUUAUCCAUGGAUUAGAAGACGAAUUUUUGGAAGUACGAACAGCUGCUGUGGAAUCAUUAUGUAGAUUGUCUUUAGAACGACCAAGUAUUGCACGAAUAUCUUUAGAUUUCAUGGUAGAUAUGUUUAAUGAUGAAAUUCAAGAUGUAAGAAUAAAAGCGAUAGAAUCAUUAAGAAAAAUGUCAGCUAGUGUGAUACUUCAAGAAGAUCAACUUGAGACAAUUUUAUGUGCCCUUGAAGAUUUUUCAGAUGAAGUUAGAGAAGGAUUACAUUCAACUUUAGCGGCUAGUCGUCUUGCUACCAUGAAUUGCCUUCACAUGUGCGUUAAUAAGCUUAUUGAUAAUUUAACAAAAUAUCCUCAAGAUAAAGACAGCAUUAGAAGUUGCUUAGCUGCCUUAGGAGCUUCUCAUCCAUAUCUUACAUUGCCUCUAGUACCUCAACUUUUAGGAAGACAUCCUUUCUUCGAUACUCCCGAACCCGAUGUUGAUGAUCCUUCCUAUGCUAGUGUUUUAGUUUUAAUAUUUAAUGCAGCUUUGCAUUGUCCAAGUAUGCAUGCAUUAUUUUCUGAGCAUGCCGCUAAACAUUAUCACUAUUUAAGAGAUACUAUGCCACACUUAGUACCAAGACUACGACCGGCAUUGGCUAAAGCACCAGGAAUUGGAGUUGACGAAACAGAUGAAAAAAGUAGAGAUCGAAGAGGACGAGAGUUUUUAGAAAGAAUGGUAGCUGGCGUAGAAAAUGCUAGACCUGGAGGAAGAGUUUAUAUUCAACUUUUAGAAGCCGCUGCAGUUGAUCUUGAUAGAUUGGCAGAAAUGGAUAAAAAAAUGGAAGGGGCAGCUCUUUUUACUGCACUUUACGUUCGUUGUUUAAUUUUACUUCGUUCAGCUAUUAAAGAAAUUAAUGAAUCACAACCUGACGCGAUGUCGAAUAGUUUGAUACCUUCUUCGGGUAGCAAUAUUUCUUUGUUAUUGAAAAAUGCACAACAAUUACAACACAGAUUUCUCAAUGUUAAAGAAUCCGAAAUAACACUUGCAGUUGAUGUAUGGCUAAAGGCUUUAGCUGUAGAGCUCAUUAAAGUGACUAAAAGUGCAACAGGAAGCGCACUACCUCUAGCUCGACAGUUCUUAUCAGAAACUGAUGCUCUUCUUCAAGAUAAUUCGAAAUUGCCCCCGUUUUCUCAUGCUCUUUUUUUACAAAUUCCAUCUUUGGGAGAAGCAAAACCUGGAUCAUUGUCACGAAUACUCUUACCUCUUUUAACGAACCCUCCUGCACAAGGUGAAGAAAGACUUCCAAGACCAUCAGCUUCUACAAAAAUUUGCCGAGCAAUUAUUGAAGAACCUCGAGGAGAUGCUGAUGCAGCUUUGAAAUUUACUGGAGGUCUUAUUUUAGGUAUACCAUUGACUGCAAAAAUUUUGAAUCUUCGUGACCCUGGAACCAUUAGAAUUAAGCUAAGACAUCCAGAUCAACAAGUUCAGUUGUUGUUACCAAAAAAAGCAGACUUGAAACCACAAAAUUUAGACAGCAAUGAUUACCGGUUGAAAACAACAGUCUUAUUAUCACAUCAAGUUUGGAUGGAAGCAUGCAAUGUUGAAAUAUCUAUUGCACUUCUAGUACCUUCAGUCAAUUCAUGUACACAUUUACUUAAUGAUGAUCCGUGUGUUCUUGAACUAUGUAAACCGACUAAAGUAACUAUUGCACCUAAACCUGUUAAGAGGACAAUAUGAGACGAUUUAUAUAUGUUUUUAUGAAAAUAAUUAAUGAACUUAUAUUUGUUUAUAAAAUAAAAAAAUAUCAAAAACUU